UGGUCAUGUGACUGUGACGCGCAUUUUAAAUAGGAAGUGCUUCACUCUGGUGACGGUAAAUCAUCAAAAAAGGCGAGAAGAAACAUGGAGCAAAUAUAACUUUUUAAAGCGUUGAUAUCAAUAAAAGAUAUGGUACUCGGAUAUCUCCAUUCAACAACGGUUGGUAAUGUACUGCUGCCGUUCUCCAAGUGGAGCGUUGCUCAACACAUUGGUUCUCCUUCAAGUCCAGCUCCAAAAACAAGUUGUUACAAGGAUGCCAAGAUCCGAGCUGAGUGUGGACGGCGUGCGGCGAAGGCCAACCACCAACAUGCCGAACCAUGAUACCCGGAGCCGGGCGGAAGUAAAGGAAGUGGCGGAGUGCAGAACCGAGCGUCAAAAUACUACCAGACAGCUGACAGAGGAAGAGCUGCUCGUCCAUAGAGUCCAUGCAGAAGCAUGUCAGGCAAAGAAGCAGAUGUACGUUGACCCUUCCAGUGGGUACAAGGUGUUCACAGAGUAUGCCCAGCUUCAGCGAGGGAAGUGCUGUGGCAGCGCAUGCAGACACUGUCCCUAUGGACAAGUCAACGUGAAGGACCCUGCGAUGAAGAAACGGUUUAACUCUCUAUUUUAUGUGUAGAUCCACCGUGCCUGGGUAACAGGUAUGGUAGGUUGUUGUAAGAAUGUAGUGCCUAGUUGUUAUUUGAACAAUUUUUAGCAGUGUAUUGAAUGAUGAAAUACGGGUAGUGACUGCGAAACGCCUCCCAUACAUCACAACUAUUCUGCAUUAUUUUAUUUUUAAUUUGAGUGGGGAAAAAUUAUUUGUUCUGUGGAAUCAUGUGGACCAGGGGUCACCAAGAGCUACUUCUUGGGUACUGAUUAAUGCGAAGGGCUACCAGUUUGAUACACACUUAAAUAAAUUAACAGAAAUAGCCAAUUUGGAUCAUUUACCUUUAACAAAUAAAUCUAUAUAUAUUUUUUAAAAAUGGGUAUUUCUGUCCGUCAUUCCGUCGUACAUUUUUUUCCUUUUACGGAAGGUUUGUGGUAGAGAAUAAAUGAUGAAAAAAACCACUUAAUUGAACGGUUUAAAAGAGGAGAAAACACGAAAAAAAUGAAAAUUAAAUUUUGAAACAUAGUUUAUCUUCAAUUUCGACUCUUUAAAAUUCAAAAUUCAACCGAAAAAAAUGAAGAGAAAAACUAGCUAAUUUGAAUCUUUUUGAAAAAAUUAGAAAAAUAAUUUAUAAAACAUCAUUAGUCAUUUUUCCUGAUUAAGAUUAAUUUUAGAAUUUUGAUGACAUGUUUUAAAUAGGUUAAAAUCCAAUCUGCACUUUGUUAGAAUAUAUAACAAAUUGGACCAAGCUAUAUUUCUAACAAAGACAAAUCAUUAUUUCUUCUAGAUUUUCAAGAAAUUUUUUUUUAAAAGAAAUUCAAAAGGCUUUGAAAUGAGAUUUAAAUUUGAUUCUACAGAUUUUCUAGAUUUGCCAGAAUAAUUAUUUUGAAUUUUAAUCAUAAAAAGUUUGAAGAAAUAUUUCACAAAUAUUCUUCGUGGAAAAACAGAAGCUAAAAUGAAGAAUUAAAUUAAAAUUUAUUAAUUAUUCUUUACAAUAAAAAAAAUUACUUGAACAUUGAUUUAAAUUGUCAGUAACGAAGAGGGAGGAAUUUAAAAGGUAAAAAGGUAUAUGUGUUUAAAAAUCCUAAAAAAAAUUUUAAGGUUGUAUUUUUUCUGUAAAAUUGUCUUUCUGGACGUUAUAAGAAGCAAAGUAAAACAAUUAAUGCAUUUAUUUAAACAAGUGAAGACCAAGUCUUUGAAAUAUUUUCUUGAAUUUUCAAAUUCUAUUUGAGUUUUGUCUCUCUUAGAAUUAAAAAUGUCAAGCAAAGCGAGACCAGCUUGCUAGUAAAUAAAUACAAUUUAAAAAAUAGAGGCAGCUCACUCUUAAGUGCUGCUUUUUGAGCUAUUUUCAGAACAGGCCAGCGAGCGACUCAUCUGGUCCUUGCAGGCUACUUGGUGCCCGCUGGCACCGCGUUGGUGACCCCUGAUGUGGACUAUGCAAUUUAAUUGUGUUUUUUUGUUUUGAAGCUUUCCUUGAAUUUCCAAUGAAAUGCAGUGCGCUUCCUUUCUCUUUCA